CCUUCCUCCAAAAGGCCUUUUGUGUUAAACGAGAAACAUUGUAACGUCUGUGCAGUACAGCUAAGAGAGAAGCUGUGUGUGUGUGUACGUUACUUUCAAAAUGUUAUCCGUUACUAGUUCCCUGUCCAAAGUUGUUAUCAGUAACGCAACUUUUGGAUUACCCGCUAGGCAGGGUAGCCUAGUGGUUAGAGCGUUGGACUAGUAACAGGAAGGUUGCAAGUUCAAACCCCCAAGCUGUCACAGUACAAAUAUGUUGUUCUGCCCCAGAACAGGGAGUUAACCCACUGUUCCUAGGCUGUCAUUGAAAAUAAGAAUUUGUUCUUAACUGACUUGCCUAGUUAAAUAAAGGUAAAGUAAAAUCUGAUUAAUUUCAUUUGCUUUUGGAUUACUUUCCAUGUAGCCCUUUACACUCAUACCCGUAUAGGGAGUGACAAUUGCAGAUUUUUAACAAGUGCCUAAAUUGAAAUGUAAUGGCUGUACAGUAAAAUGCUAUACAUGAUGUCAGAGCUCUGGAUCUGGCACAGUAUGGGGUUUGACUGACAGCUGUUCUGAAUUUGAGCGUCGCGCAUGACAAGAGGUUUCCCCAUCCCUCCCAGUAAUCGGGCACAAAUUGCAACAUUUUUGAUGUCUGAGUGAGGGAAAUGCUGUAAAUUAAAAUGACUCGAUGUAUUUUGAAAGAUGAGACGUUGAGGAUUAGAAUAAAUACCACUUUGAUGUCAUACAAGCACCUCACAUUUCCAAAUCACGAUCCCCAUGUUUGAUGUACAGUUAGAAGAUGACAUGGCGUCACACCCCUGGGUCGUUCUGAACAGAAUGAGCCUAUGUUUGUUUAUUGUGAAGGACAUUUGCUGCGGAAACACGCACCUAAAUGCACUCAUGACUCUCCAAAAUUACGAUAUUUUUCCUCUGAAUUACCCCGUGAAAGCCUAACACUGUAACAUUGUAUUUUAUAACUUGAGUGUGAAGGGUUUUAAGAGGCAUUAGAAGACAAAAAGGAUCCAUCAAAUGACUUGUGGUCAGACUCCCUCAGGUGGAUCAAACUUAAUCUUGAGCAUUUGUUUUUCAAUGCUGAGUUGAAUGUCAUUGAGAAAAGAAAAAGAUGUCAUUAUGUAUUUUCUGAAUUUAAAAGUAAUCCAAGAAGUAAUCAUGUAUUUUUUCAAAAGUAUCUGUAAUCUGAUCUGAUUACAAAAGAAAUGUUGGUAAUGUUACUGAUUGCAGUUAGUUAAAAAAAGAAAAUAAAUGACAUGUAACCGAUUGCAUGUUAUUGGUUACUUCCAAACCCUGGGUGUGUGAAUACGUGUGUGUGCUCGCCUGCAUGUGUGCGUGUGUGUGUGUGUGUGUGUGUGUGGGCUUGCCUGCGUGUGUGUGUGUACUUGCAUGAAUGAUUUCAUGUAUGUGUACCCAGAGACACACUCUCUUCUCCUUGUUUGUUAUCACUGGGAUUUCAUAUUUUUGGUGCACAUCCACGGGACAGGUUUCUGGAUUGGAGGCAGAGUUUGUUUGCUUGAGAAUAUGUUUAUCCAGGGACUAUGUGAUCACUGAAGUUGAAGAAGCUUGUGUAAAGGCAUUGGUGUCAGCAUAUUUCUUUCCCAGUUCCCCAAAAAAAGUAACUUCAAAUCCCCCGAUUUAGAGGAAAAUAUGUGUUAUGAUUACACAAUGUCACCAGAAUGUGUCCCACCAUCUAACAUCAGUCAGACAUUUGUGCGCUGAGAGCAUAGCUUGUGAUUUGUGAUACUUUUUGUUUCCAGGUUUUCUGUAUUUUCUUAUUCAUGAGAUGAGACAGAAUCUACCAGAAUUAAACAUGAAAAGAAUAAAUAUAUUUUCUUCAUGAUUUCAUCACAUUACAUUGCUAUUUAUUCCGCUGCACAUACAUAGUGUGUCAACCAGACAGAUAUGUUGCUGUUUUUCAGAGUUUCAUUCAAAUGUGUGAUCAGUAGGAUACAUACAGUAUAUGAACUACAAGUAGAAUACUUAUACUAACAACAACAAAACUAUUAUUUUGCUCCAUCUGAAAAACUGUGCUGCUUACAUUUAAUAUAAAAUAACGAAAAGCAAAUCAUUCUUUUCAUAUUGGUGUAGAAGUGUAUUAAGCCACUGCUCCUGUAAGAUUUGAGGGUUUACAUAAUGGGCUUCUCUCCUCUAUUCUCAGGACAGAAUGGAAGCUUUGAUUUGGUUUUGUCUAAACGGGAGGGAAUUCCAAAGAAGAGCUUCAUUCUAAUGUUCAGGAUGAGAAUAUGCUUCUCCAGGACAUGAGUCUUUGAUACCCCUGAGCAAAUGUAAGGACACAUAGUUAUUCAAACAGUAGACCUAUCCCGCCUUUGGGAUAUAGUGUUUAUUUAGGAGGAUUAAAACUGCUUAUACUUUUGAAAACAGUGUUGCAGGGAUGUGCUGGUGGUGGUGGUGGGGGGGGCGCAUAGGAUGAGAAAAUAGAAUGUAUAUCGAAUGUGUACACAUCUGAUUAUUCCAAUGUGAAACAUGGUGGGUGAAACAGCGUGGAGCUGUCCCUUUAAAUAUUCCUUCCGGGUGGUUGUCUCGGUAACCCGGAAGCUUCCAAUUCUGAGAUUCCCUUCCUGUUUUUUUUUGUUGUUGUAAAUUUUAAGGAAGCAGGGGGUGCUGGCUUAUUGAUAUUUUUUGGGAUAUUCGCUUGUAGUGGUGAGUAACGCAAACCAUCAGUGAUCCACAAGAAGAGAAGAUCUAUGCUUACUCGACCCUGUCAUUUUAUACUGUUCAUUUUGUGGAUAACUAUGGCCCAGAUUCCCGGCCAAGAGAAUAAAGAGAAAACUACUGCCCUGAAAGGUGAGCAACUAGACCUGUUGUCCAGGAUAGACCUGGACGAACUCAUGAAGAAGGACGAACCUCCGCUCAAUUUCCCCAAGACGCUUGAAGAGUUUGAGUAUGCCUUCAACGAGCAGGGCAGGUUGAGGCACACCACGACGGGCGAGGCGUAUGCGUUCAACGCCCGGGAGGAUCUCCACCGGUGGAACCAGAAACGCUACGAGGCCCUGGGAGAGAUUAUCACUCGUUAUGUUUACCAACUGCUGGAGACAAAGUGCAACCUGACAAAGGAAAUCGUGCCGGUGGAUGCCACAGCGGAGGAGCCCAGGAGCUUCAUCUACCUGAGUGCUGAUGCCAUGUCCAACCCUGCCAAGCUGCUGGUGCUCAUCCAGGGUUGCGGGGUGGUCCGGGCCGGCCAGUGGGCACGACGCCUCAUCAUCAACCAAGACCUUGACUCAGGAACACAGAUCCCCUUCAUCACCCGCGCCCAGGAGGAAGGCUACGGAGUGAUGGUGCUCAACCCCAAUGAGAACCACCUGGAGGUGGAGAGGCCGACCAAGCCUGCGCCCCUGCCCUCCCCCGAGGCCUCGGACGAACCCGCCGAGAAGAGAGAGCGCAAGGACGACCGGGAGAGCAAGAAGAAGAGGGACUUCUACGAGAAGUACCGCAACCCGCAGAAGGAGAGUGAGACCGAGCAGAUCCCCAUACGAGAAAACGGCUCCCCCGAGGAACACGUGCUCUACGUGUGGGACCACUUUGUGUCCAAAGCCGCCGCCAGGAACGUCUUUGUCGUGGCGCACAGCUACGGAGGCCUGUCGUUGGUGGAGCUGAUGAUUCAGAGAGAGGCUCAGGUGAAGAACAGGGUGUGUGCCGUGGCCAUGACCGACUCAAUCCACAACGUCUGGCACCAGGACGCCAACAAGAGCAUCCAGGAGUGGCUGCAGCAGCACUGCCGUAACUGGGUGUCAAGCCCCGAGCCCCUGGACACACCGGUGGAGCCCAUGCUAUCAGACUGUCCUCGCGUCUCUGCAGGUACAGAGCGACACGAGCUGACGUCAUGGAGGAGUUUCAACUCCAUUUUCCAGUUCUUCAGUGAGGCUUUACAGACUGGGGAGGAGGAGGAGACCUCCAACACGGUCACUACACGCAGCUCCCACAGAACCAAACCCGACCACGACCACAACCACAAUGACCUAUAGAACUGCACCAGCAGGAGGGAAACGCAGGGGGGGUGGAGGAGGUGCAUAAAAUCCUCUCUGUCUUCCCUCUCCAUCUUUUCCUCCUUCCUCCCUCAUCUCUGUGUGAUCUCUCUCUCUCUCUCUCUCUUCUGGCUGAAUUCAUCUCCCAGCUCGCGCGUGUAUUGUUUUACCGGCAGAGUGCAGGGUGGUGGUGUAUACAUUGCAAUAGCGUUUUGCAUUAUUUCUAGAUGAGCGCAACUGUCAAAACAAUAUGGGCUGAGUGUUAGCGUUUCCCGUGGGCUGUGGCUCGUCUGUGGUCCGGGCCACGGAGCAGUGGUUGCAGUGGCUGAGAUUAAGGCUGACAGGCGCUGUGCACAGUGCGCCGUGGUAUACCUCUAAUUGUCCUGACAUCGCCCUGAACUGAGCUAAUACCCCGGCAGCCCUCCCCACCACUCCCCGAGGUCCUAGAGCCCGCCCAUACCCACACAGUCCUCCUCAACCCACACCACUCAUACACUUGGCAUAUCUCCCCUCCCUCAACCCAACCUCCUACCGUCACCACAAAACGGUGGUUUUAACUCGAGUAAACAUUUGCCAUUAACAUGAGAUAAUUUUAAUGUAAAGUGAGUGUGUUGUUUUUAUGGCUCCCUAGUCACAUCCAUCCCUUUCCCUUACCAUCUCCAAAACACACACACACACACACACACUUCUUUAAAACGAUAGUUACAUUUUCUGUCAAAUGAGGUCCUAUUUAUACGAUCGUACUUUGGGGAGUUGCACUGCAAUGUUUAUGACAGCUGAUAUAGUGGUGGUGUUUUUGUAUCUUACUUUCGCUCAAUGUUUAGUUGGAUUUUUAUGCACUCUGAUUCGAUUUUGUAUGAAGUCCCAGAGUCAUAAAUGUUGACUUGAGGUUGACUGUCUUUGAUUUUUAAUUUGUAAAAAUGUCUUCUUCUUCUUUUACUGUACCCUUUUUUUCUGUUUGAAAUCCAUGAAAUUGAUGUUCCCGGAUGAUUUAAUUUGAUGAACUAAAUAAAACAACCAUAACCUGUGCUAGAUAUGAGAAUUCAAGAAACUGAGAAGAUUUUAAAUCACUUAAAGCCCAGCAUCAAAAUGAGUUUUACGGACAUCUCAUUUUAACAGAAACAAGUAGUCGGUAACACAGUCAUAAAAACUUCAAUACAUCCCCUUUGCACGUGUCGGGAAAUCCAAGAUUUCAAUAUUAUCCUAAGCCUAGAUGAUGUGUCUUCAGAUGCGGGGAGAAAUGUAUUUUCCGAACACUUGCCUCGAGUGCAAACGUAAAAGUGACAAAGACGAGAGAUCUGCGUGGGCCAGCCUCGCAUAAUCUCAAUCUGGGACAUAAACAAGAUUUUUUUUUUAUAUAUAUAUAUAUAUAUAUUUCCACGGCGUUUAAGUUAGAAAUCACUCAAAGAAUAAUGGAAUAUCCUUCUAAUAUGCCCAGAUAUUUGUAUCACCAGAAGGAGACAGUAAGCCACUGAUACAUGAAUACACCUCCCAACACAGCCACUGUCUAUCCAGACAUGCUUUACCUUUCCACAGCUUCAGGCGAGGUAUUUAUAAGGAGUGUUAAGAAAUGUAUUGGUAUAUAUUAGACUUUUUAUUUUAUUUUUUAAUUCUGUGUAAGUAACAUCCACUGGGUGAUAUUUUGAGGCUUUUGUAGGUUAUUAAACACAUCGUUGCGUUUGUCAGUAAUGAGGGAAGCAGUUUGUGAGCUGUUGUGAUUUUCAUCUAAUUGUAUUAAUGUCUCUUUGGAUGUCACUCAUGAAGUUAACUUGUUGUUUGAUUUGGGAAUAUGUGGACUGGUGGAGAGGUUUCAUUCCAGGAUGCUGUUGUUCAUGUGUUUUCCCUUUGCGUGAAGGAAUAAACCUUUGCUAUUUUCCUUCAUUAUGUGUAUAUUGCUGCCCCAGGAAUAAACAACACACUAUGUUCACUUGAUAUUUGUAAUAAAGGGCUCGUUCCACGAAAUGAGUGCCUUUCACAUCCCUAUUUUAAGUAUAAAUUGUGCACACAUAUUGAAAUUUAAACGCCUGUUAUAUUACAUGAAGUGCCCUUUAAUAUAGACCACAUGGAACAUUCAAUGAAUCUGAUUUCUAAUGUCAAAUGAGACAUUGAAUAUGUAAUUGUUAAAUUCUAGUAUAAAAGCAGGUGAGCUGGUUCAACUAUUUUUGACCGUUUUCUGGUGUUUGGUGGUGGAAAAUCAAGCAUAAGACAUCAACCCUGUUACCCAUAGAUAGACGGGCUAGAAAUGUUUUAACAAUUAAAACAUUUGUGUGAAGCUUGCA